ACAUUUACGUACAGCGGCACUGUCAUUGAAAACAUGGCUGCCUCCAUGGGUGAAGCAGGAGCCGCUGCCUCUGACUUACAAGGUCCAGCUUCGGCUGCUCCGGGCAUGGAGAGCCCGCCGAUCCAGUACAGCCUGAUCCUGGAGCACCUCAUCGGGGACAAGAGGGCCGUGAAGGAGCUGAGCCCCGGCAUCAUGGGGGGGCUGCCGAUGCCUAUGAAAAGCGACGAGCAGAAGAUGAUCGAGAGGGGAAUGGAGAGCUGCGCCUUCAAGGCUGUCCUGGCCUGUGUUGGAGGUUUUGUCCUCGGAGGAGCUUUUGGUGUUUUUACUGCUGGCAUCGAUACCAAUGUUGGCUUUGACCCCAAAGACCCUCUGAGAACUCCAUCAGCACGAGAAGUCCUCAAAGACAUGGGACAGAGAGGGAUGUCGUACGCAAAGAACUUUGCCGUUAUUGGCGCCAUGUUCUCCUGCACAGAGUGCGUCAUAGAAUCACACAGAGGCGUUUCUGACUGGAAGAACGCAGUGUACAGCGGCUGUGUAACUGGAGGAGCCAUUGGGUUCCGUGCGGGUCUGAAGGCGGGGGUGCUGGGAUGCGGAGGCUUCGCUGCAUUCUCUGCUGCCAUCGAAUAUUAUUUACGGUGAACCACUCAAGAGUGUAUGGACUUAAAUGAUGUGCCCUGAAAGAAAUCCAACUGGUGAAUAUUUACCCUCACAUGGAGGACUGCUGAGAAAGCAGAAGUGAUGAUUUGGGGAAGUGAGGGUUCCUGUGCACAAUGUGCUGAAACACCUCUUUGUUUCCAGAGAAGCUUCAGUUUCACCUCGUGGACAGAGACCUCGUGGAUCUGCUUCUCUGGGGACGGUAUAAUGAAAAUGCUGAACAUAAUUCCUCUUUACUCUGAUUCAGUGUUUACUGUGUAACUAACCCAGAUCCAGAUAAUUUAUAUUAAACAUGUUUUUUUGUUAAUUUGA